AUGGCUCAACAUAGCUCGAAAGAGAACCCCCGGGAGAAUCUUCGCCAAAGCUCUGACGUUUCAGAGCACCGAAAUCUCCUUGGCGCCUAUGAUCAGCUAGAAGACAAGAGCGAAGAGGAGUGGGUGGGAGAUGAACGCCUCCCUCGGCGGACUAGGAAGGUGAUUCCUCGACCGGCCACUGCCAAAGGAUGGGUGCUUCUUGGCUUUCUCGUGACAACCGUGAUGGGACUCGGUGCAGUUCUGGGCUUUUCCCUAAAGCGAGCUUCGACGUUGGAAUGUGUCCGGAUGAGUUCGAGUUACUCACCUCUGUUGGAGUCGGUCGAGUAUUACGAUCUUGAGUUUCAAGCAGAAUUAGGAGUACAAAAUGAGUACAAGGGACAUCCGCGUCCCGAGCUGGAUGCGAUGUGGAAUCGAAUCGGGAAAAUACAUCCUAUAUCCAUGCCACAGAAAUAUCUGGGUGUUCUCAACAAGACCGGAUCAGGCAUUUCGUAUUCCGAGGAGCAAGGGGGUGGGAUCAUGGUAGAGAUUGAAGUUUUCCACCAGCUUCAUUGCCUAAAUUUCCUUCGAAAGGUCAUCUACGCCGACUACUACACGCGGCCGGAGAACAUGCCAGCGGAGUUCAUGGUCGGUGAUGACCUUUUCUACAACCACAUUGACCACUGUAUCGACUUCCUCCGCCAGGUGCUGAUGUGUGCAGGAGACGUCACGCCGGUGACGUCCAACUGGGUUCUUACGCACCACAGCCCGCACCCGGACUUCAACACAAUGCACAAGUGCCGCAAUUUCGACAGGUUACUCGAGUUUGUAGAGGAGAACGACAAUGGUGGCGUCCCAAAACAAACUCCGAACCCUAGCUGGCGGCCGCCACCGGGCCUGGACAAAACCAUAUUUGACUACGAGCCGAAUUAUCCUAGUAUAUACCAUGGACCAGCGGUCAAUGACUCGGAUAGGUGGACUCAUAACCAUUAG